AUGGAAGAAAAUUGUGAAGUUAAUACGAAAUCAUCGUUUUUUGAUGAUGAUAUUUCUAUUGAAUCUAAAAAAGAAAAAGAAUAUGAAAUUAAAAAUAACAAAAAUGAACAAAUUAAAGAAGAAAUGAAAUCAAUUGAAGUAAAUUUGAAUAAUGAAAUGGAAUCAACAAUUAUUAUGAAUUAUAAAAAAAGAAAAACUACGAAUUUAGAUGAAAUAUAUUAUUCACUGAAAUUACCAAAAUUCAUAGAUGUAAACUCAGAAAUAAUAAAAAAAAAAAAAAGUUAUAUAGAAUGUGAACAAGAAGAAGGUGAAAUUGAAUCUUUAAACAAAAAUAAAAGUUCUAUAAUAUCUUGGUCAUUUGAUGAAGAAAUGUAUAAUAAAAAAAAAAUUGAAAAUAAUAAAACAGAUAAAGAAAAUGAAGAUAAAUUAUUUUUUGGUGAUGAUAUUAAUAUAAAAAAUGAUAAUAAUGAAGAAUAUAUUGACAAGAUUAAUGUAAAUGAAAAAAAAAUUUUUGUAAAUAAUGAAUUAGAAUAUUCAUGUAAGAAAGAAGAUGAAAAUAAAUUGUUUAAUGAAAAUGAUGAAAAAGACCCAAAUAAAUCAGACGAAGUUAAAGAUAAGGAAGAAAAUUUAAACUCCUUUUCUACUAAAUCAAAUAAAUUAGAUAAAAUUAAAAAAGAAUAUUCAACAGAUGAAGAAUCUAAUUUUAACGAAAAUAUGUCUGAUCUAACUAAUUUAGAAGAUUUAUAUGAAAAAUAUGAAAUUGAAAAUAGUGAUAUAAUGAGCAUAUCAAGUAAUGAAUCUAAUGAAAAUAUGAAGGAUUUAUGUAACAAUUUAAAAUAUUUAGAAACGAAUUCUUUUAUUGUAGAAUAUGAAGAUGGAAAAUUUAUUUUUUUUGUUAAUCAAAAACCAUAUAUAUUAGAGGAAGAUAAUGAAGUUAAUUAUUUAAUUGAAAGUACUGAUCAAAAUAUUAAACCAAUACAUUGCAAAUUGGAAAAAAAAUUUUUUGUUAAAUCUUUUACUACAGAAGAGCAAAUUAUACCUUCUAGUUUAAAAUUGAAAAAAGAAGAUAUAUAUUACUCACUUGAUGAUAAUAUGAAAAUAAAUGAAGAAAUAGAAAAAAUAUAA